AUGUUCGCCGCUCGUUUCGCCGCCAAGCCCGUCGCCGGCCGCGCCGUGCAGGCUCGCAAGCCCGUGGCCGCCCGCCGCGUGGUGUGCAUGGCCGUGGACAAGGCCAGCGUGCUGAGCGACGUCCGCGGCAUCAUCGCCGAGCAGCUCGGCAUGGAGAUGGACAAGGUCGAGGGCUCGUCGAAGUUCGUGGACCUCGGCGCGGACUCCCUGGACACGGUGGAGAUCAUGAUGGCUCUGGAGGAGAAGUUCGACAUCCAGCUGGACGAGGAGGGUGCCGAGAACAUCGCCACCGUCGACGACGCGGCCAACAUGAUCGCCGAGAAGGUCGGCGCCAAGUAA